UUUUCCUUCCUCCCCUCCCUCCCCUUUCCCAGCGCUGAUCCUGACGGCAGCCAAUCGCCCACCUUUUUUUCACCCAGUUGCCGGGGCGAAGCAAAAAGUUUGCAGGGGGAAAUCGCCGCCGCCGCCGCGGGUUGAAAAAGAGCCGGACUUACAAAAGAAAAGCACGAAAAGAGGCGCAGAGAAAUUCAUCUUUCUUCUGUUUUUUUGUUUUGUUUUGUUUUGAAACCCAGCGAAAGAUUUCCCCCCUGAAGGGGGAAGAAGGGGCACCGCAGCAGCAGCAGCAGCUCAGUCCGCCCUCGCAGGAUUUUCCUUCCUUCCUUCCUUCGGCCAGCGGGGGUUACUGGCCAGGAAAGCGAAAUCGGGCAGGCUGCCUUUGCCCUCUUUCUCUCUUUGCUUUUUUUGCCUAGCGCUGCGGUCUCUCCGUUAGAGAGAAGGCGAAAGCAGCGGCGGCAGCAGACAGAAGCAGAGCGGCCGCAGCCCUCGUGUGCGCUGGUCUCCCUCGCCUGCUUUGGCUCGGCAGCUCCCGGGCUCGGCGACGCACAGCGAAGAAGAAGAGGAGCAGGAGGAGGAGAAGAAAGUUUUCUUCGGACUUGUCUGCCCCCCCCCCCCGAGAAAGCCGAGGCCCUGGAGUGAGGCGACGACGAGGGGACACCACCUCCUUUUCCCUCCCUCUCUCCAACCCGGAGGGGAGCCGCUCCUGCCGCCGCUGCACCGCCGCGCGAUGGCUGCCGAGCUCAGCAUCGGCCCCGAGCUGCCCACCAGCCCCCUGGCCAUGGAGUACGUCAACGACUUCGACCUGAUGAAAUUUGACGUGAAGAAAGAGCCGCUCGGCCGAGCCGAUCGCUCCGGCCGUCACUGCACCCGCCUCCAGCCCGCCGGCUCGGUGUCUUCCACCCCCAUCAGCACCCCUUGCAGCUCGGUGCCCUCCUCGCCCAGCUUCAGCCCCACCGAGCAGAAGACGCACCUGGAGGACCUCUACUGGAUGGCCAACAGUUACCAGCAGAUGAACCCUGAGACGCUCAACCUGACGCCGGAGGAUGCCGUGGAAGCCCUCAUCGGGUCCCACCAAGUGCCCCAGCAGCUCCAGAGCUUCGAGAGCUUCCGGGCGGCCGCUGCCCACCAUCACCACCAUCCCCAUCACCACCAUCACCACCACCACCCGUACGGAGGGGUCCCCCACGAAGACCUGUCCGGCGCCGGCCACCCGCACCAUCACCACCACCCGCACCACCACCAGGCCUCCCCCACCCCCUCUACUUCGUCCAGUUCCUCCCAGCAGAUGCAGAGCGCGCACCCUCCUCACCCUUCCUCCUCCGCCUCCUCCUCCGCCUCGUCUUCUAGCAGCGUGGAGGACCGGUUUUCCGACGACCAGCUGGUCUCCAUGUCGGUGCGGGAGCUCAACAGGCACCUGAGGGGCUUCACCAAGGACGAAGUGAUCCGCCUCAAGCAGAAGAGGCGGACCUUGAAGAACCGCGGCUACGCCCAGUCUUGCAGGUACAAGCGGGUCCAGCAGAAGCAUCACCUGGAGAACGAGAAGACCCAACUGAUUCAGCAGGUAGAACAGCUCAAGCAAGAGGUGACCCGGCUGGCCAGAGAAAGAGACGCCUACAAGCUCAAGUGCGAGAAACUGGCCAGCAAUGGUUUCCGAGAGGCUGGAUCCACUAGCGACAACCCGUCGUCUCCCGAGUUCUUCAUGUGAGUCCUUAAAAAAAAAAAACAAGACCACCCACC